AGUUGGCGGCGGAACCAGCCAGGCAGGUCCGGCGGAGUAUAAGAGCGGCAGGGGCCGGCCAGCGGCAGAGGUCCUGAAACUGCACCAGAGUACGGAGCCCGAGAGUGCAGCAGAGUUCCAGCGCCCCGUAAGCCUGCGUCCCGUCCGCGCACCUCUCCCCGCCAUGGCUCGGGGCCCAGGCCUCGCGUUGCGGUCGCUGCCGCUGCUUCUGCUGCUGCUACUGGCGGCGAUGACUGGCCGGGCGGCCGCACAGGACAACUGUACGUGCGCCACAAAUAAGAUGACCCUGUGUCUCCCGGAAUACCCAGGCGGCCGCUGCCAGUGCCGUGCGCUGGGCACUAACAUCGAAGUCAAUUGCUCCUCGCUGACCUCCAAGUGCUUGCUGCUCAAGGCGCGCAUGAGCGCCCGCAAAAGCGGCCGUGGGCUGGUGCGCCCCAGCGAGCACGCGAUCGUGGACAACGAUGGCCUGUACGACCCGGACUGCGACCAUCAGGGCCGCUUCAAGGCCCGCCAGUGCAACCAGACGUCGGUGUGCUGGUGCGUGAACUCGGUGGGCGUGCGCCGCACGGACAAGGGCGACCAGAGCCUGCAGUGCGACGAGCUGGUGCGCACCCACCACAUCCUCAUCGACCUGCGCCACCGCCCGACGGACCGCGCCUUCAACCACUCGGACCUGGACGCCGAGCUGCGGCGGCUCUUCCGCGAGCGGUACCUGCUGCCUCCCAGGUUUGUGGCGGCGGUGCACUACGAGCCGCCCACCAUCCAGAUCGAGCUGCGGCAGAACGCGUCGCAGAAGGCCCCCGGUGACGUGGACAUCGCGGACGUCGCCUACUACUUCGAGAGGGACGUCAAGGGCGAGUCGGUGUUCUCCGGCCGCAGCGGCCUGGACGUGAGCGUGCGCGGCCAGCCCCUGCUGAUGGAGCCGCCGCUCAUCUUCUACCUGGACGAGAAGCCGCCCCAGUUCUCCAUGAAGCGCCUCACCAGCGGCCUCGUCGCCGUCAUCGUGGUGGUUGUGUUGGCCCUGGUCGCCGGCGUGGCCGUCCUGGUGAUUUCCAACUGGAGGAGGUCCGGGAAGUACAGGAAGGUGGAGAUCAAGGAAAUGGGGGAGCUGCGAAGGGAACCAAGCUUGUAGGUACGGGCGGCGCAGGGGGCGGCGGCGGGGGGGGGACGGGAUUCUCGCAGGUUUCGAAGAGCCGAGUGAGUCACGCUUCUUCCUUCUCGGCCCAAAGCAGACUUUUCUCUUCCUAAAUUCCUGUCUCUCCGCACCCCACCAAGUUUAACCGGCCUUGGCUUCGUCUCUUUGUGACUUCUGCCUUGAAGGAAGCAUUUCUAGAAUUCCUUCCCUUUCGGUCCAACAAGAAACCUGACUCGACGAGUUAAGGAAAGCCUGGCAUGAGGUCGCGUUUGAGAAUCAAGUGCCUGUAUGACAAGCCAGCAUCUUUACAAGUGACACCAUUAAUGCUGAAGGCAUAACUGCGUUUAGAUGGGGAACGACGAUUUUAGCGUCUUGGGCUUAAGUUAUUCGAUCAGCUCCACUUGGCUCGUGGCCUUCUUGAUGAGGAAUUCUCUAACUGGGCCCUUGUAGUGUCCGCAUUGACCUUCGUUUGCAUUGCGGGCCACGUGUACUCGUCACCUGGAAAGAAGUCUGUUUCAGCUGCCUGAGCACCUGUUAGUCCUCUUUGUUUGGGGGCAGAGUGCACCUGGAGACCCGGGUCCAGCUUUCCGCACGCCCUUGUUACAGCUGAUAUUAGUAAUGUUUCUUUUGUAAAAUGUUUGUACAUAUGUUGUCUUUGAUAAUGCUGCUGUGAUUUUUUUUAAAAACCACGAAUUUAAUAAAAUAUGGAAAAGGCAUAAAA